CAGGGCUUAAAGACAUUAACUAGGUGAAAGCCAUCUGUCAGCCACAGCGGGGCUGCUGCCAGGGACGGUGACAUGUGGACGGCGCGUCAGUGGCCCUUUAAGAAACUCCAUGUUUUCGCUACAUGAUGCGUCAACAUAAAAAAGCGGAUGAUGCUGUUAUGUAAAAACACGCUGAAGUGAGCCGUAGUUUGCAUGGAGCUUGCUGAAUGCUUAGCACUCAUCACUUCGUCUUCUAAAACCAGGAUUGUGGUUUAAAGUGUUGCGACUGCCGAUUUUUACGCGUAGCGCACGGAGCAGUGCAGUUUGGAGUGAAGAGAGGGGGGGGGGGGGAAGGCUUCAGCCGAUCAACUCAAUGUGAUCCGAUCCACUCUGUUUUCCUCCUUCACUUGCGGGAAGCGUACACCUGACGCAUCACUCUCGCCCUGUGGAAGUGAUCUUCCUUCUUAAAAUCUCUCUAUUUUCUAUUCUUCAAAGCGAUAAAACACAACAGACUACAACUCUUAUCGCUUCUCGGGCAAAACUGAAAGUGGACAGGACGAGAUCGAGCUCCGGGUUGGAGUAAUGUGUCAGCACAGCAGAUAAACAGAUCUUUCCUUUCUGGUGGUGAUCUAGAAACCCGAGAGGCAACUUUUGAAGUUCUCUGUUACUUCUCUCUUCACUUCAGUCGUCUUUUAUCGCCGAAACGUGAGUGUAUGGACCCAGGUGAAGAUCAACGAUGAUGCUCGCUCAAGGGUCUCUCUGAGCUGAAACCCACCAUCGUAGGACCCACGUGGAGGAAGAGGAGGUGAAGGCUCGGCCCCCAGACGCUAAGACCAUGGUGAAAGCUCAGCGGAGCCACACUAUGAAAUGUGGGAAGCCUUGGAAGGAGAAGGAAAGCAAGGAGAAAGGAGGUUGUGUAAAAAAAGGGAAAGACCGAAAGAAUGAGCUGAGACGAAGAAAAAAGAAGGACAAGACAGAGCCACAUCGACAUAGAAAAAAGGCAGUGAGUGAUGGAGAUGCGCUGGACUGUUGCGUCCUGCUCACGCGUCUGGAGCAGAAAAGAGUUGUGGGUAAAGAAAAGGACGCACCAAAAGCUGGAAAACAAAAUAGAGGUAAAGUCAAGAAGAAGCUGCACUCCAAUUCCAGUCAAAGAAGGACCAAAUCUGGACGAAAGAAAACUUCCACAGCCAAUCGGCAAGCACCGGAACCAAAAACCAACCAAUCUGACGCAUUUCUCGUGUUUCCAGCACCCAACUUUGAGCCCCGCAGGCGGAGAAUGGCCUCUCUCAACGCUGAGGCUGUCAACAGCUUGCUGCUCUUCAGAGACUAUUCUUUUGCCUCAAAUCUCACAAAGAAACGGCAGCCUUCUAAUGAAGAUAAAGCUAAAGAUGGUCUCACUAAAAAUGAACAAAGUGGUCGUAAAACCUUAAAAGUACCUCCGGGAGGGAAAGUAGACCCAAAAGAAAGACCUAAAAAACAGAGGCGGUCGGCAGCGGAAGCUCAGAACAUCGAUUGGUUGGCUUUGUUUUCACCAACGCCUCGGCGACAGGCAGGCCUCACUGCCGCAACGCUGCUCAAACUCACCAGUGCCCAGUAUGGAACCAAACGGCAAAAGAAGACAGAGUCCAAGCCGAGGAGUGGAAGUGAAGCGGCAGCUACGACUCAAGAUGAGAUGAGUGGUAAGCCAGGGUGUGAAGCAUCAACGAUGACCAAAAGAACAACACAUCCCAAACACAAGGACCAACUAAAGCACAUAAAACAGGGUACAGAGGAUCUGGUUCAUUCCCAGCUGAACUCCACCGAUCAGGAUUGCUGUAGUUUGUGUAAAAGCAAGGCUUUGGAUCCAGAGUGGAAGUGCACCAUAGGCGGACAGGAGUGUCUCAAACAUGAGCUCCAUUGUGGCUCUUCACUGGGAUUCUCCUUGAGAAAAAUUAAAGAGGAGCAGGUGGAGACCGAGGUGUCUUCCUGCUACUGCUGCUCCCAGGAGAGGUGUGUCGAGUACUGUCACAGACUAGCCCUCUUCCUGGAGGACAAGACCUUCAAGGAACAAGAGGACAGCUCACUGUCCGAGGUGUUCCACCACCACCAUCACCACCAUCAUCAUCACCACCACCAUAUUCAGUCCCCUCACUCUGUAACGCACUCAGCAGCCAUAACCAUCAGCCCGCACACGUACACCUGUUUCCCCAGCUACUAUGUCCACUUCAGUCACCCGGACACCUCCCCCUCUCCCACAUCACCCCUCGCUUUGUGCCCAAAGAGCAGCAAGAGACCCAAGCUGCUCCCCAGCACCGGUCCACAGCCCUCAGGGAUUACCCAUCCAGUGUACUGCUGCACCUCAGUGGAGGCGUGCUACAGGGAGCCCUGCAGGAUCAACAGCUACUCCUCCUACACCAGUGUGAUUCCAGCCAUCCCCAGAGGAGGGUGCUCCUUCAGCUCCACAGACUGCUCCACAUGUAACCACUGCAUCAAAAGAGACCAUCACAGUCUCUCCUCCAUCCCCAUCUGUCCGGGCCCCAGAACCCUCACUGGCUGCCCCAUUCCCACUGUGCCUCCAGCCGGCCUAUCAGUGCCCCACAUUCAGAGUCCGCUGUCCGACCCUAGCCAACCGCAGCCUCUCCUGCAGGUGGCGAAGGAGUGUCCACAGAGUGCCAAGUCGCCCAGCAGUCUGGCGAGGUCUAGAGCACGCGGCACCGACAACAUCAGCUCAACUGUCUGCCCUCUCAACAGGGACAAGAAGAAGCAGCUCAGCACUGCCAGCAUCGGAGGGCGAACGGUUGCCAAGCAGCCAAAGAACGGCCGCCAAAAAUCCACCAACGGCUGGCAGCCAGUUGGCCUGCCUUUUCAGAAGGAGGUUUUCUCUGUGGGAGACGAGGCUCCAGUGCUGAGGAAGUGUUUCGAGGGAGUCCAGAGGGACGGGGAGCUGAUUCGCGUCAGAGACACUGUUCUGCUGAAAUCUGGACCUAGAAAAAAGUCUCUGCCUUACGUGGCCAAGAUCUCAGCUCUGUGGGAAGAGCCAGAGUCAGGAGAGCUGAUGAUGAGUUUGUUUUGGUAUUAUCGUCCAGAACACACACAGGGGGGGCGCAACCCCAGUAUACAUUGUGAGAAUGAGAUCUUUGCGUCUCGUCACCAGGAUGUAAACAGCGUGGCCUGUAUUGAAGAAAAAUGCUAUGUCCUAACAUUGACACAGUAUUGUCGAUUUUGUGCCUUGGUAAAACGCCGUAGGGAGGGCGUGCGUGACUGCGUCGCCUCACUCGUGGUGCCACCUGUUGUCAGCAAUGCCAUGCCCACCCACCACUGUGUGCCCGAUGACGUCGACCCAGAGCUGGUGUUUUUCUGUCGUCACGUCUAUGACUUCCGCUACGGACGCCUCCUCAAGAACCUGCAGUAGCAUCUGUUGGGGCAUGACACAACGCUAUGGGACGUGAGAUAAUCUCAUACAUCCUCCACGUUGAUUAGCUACAUGCGUACCUGCUGCCUGUGUGAAAGGAACUGGAACUUUAGGAUAAAGGAUUGAGAGCUUAAUUUGUUUUGAAAUCUCGUCUUCACACAUACAUUUAUUUAGUAAGAGCAAUGGCUUGACAUAUUGUAUAAGAGUUAAUGUGGCUGUGUAAUGGUCUUUAUCAUACAUGGCUCUGUGGUGUCGUAGCAGCUGUGUGAAGAACCCUGAACAUAUUCUGCUGUAGAAAAUGCUACUGUAGCUCUUAGAAAUGUGACAUUUGAUAGAUAUGAAGAGAGGUUUGAUGUUACAUGUGAAUUAUGUUAAUGCCUGCCUAACAGAUAUCAGACACCCAAUGUGUCCCAAUGAUACGCCACAGCUAAAGAAAAUCUGAGGCAUGUCGUGCCGCAUCGGGCCUUGAGAAGAAACAAAGAGAUCUCUUGAGUGGCUGAAGAUUUCAUAUUUGUCAUUAGAUUUCUCUAAAAGUCGCUGCAUACAGACAUAUGACAGAAAAGCUCCAGAGUGAACAUCUGUGUUCAAGGUGUUUGUAAGGAAUAGUAUUUUGGGAAAUAUGCUUUUUUGCUUUCUUGCUGAAAGUUAGAUGAGAUGAUCGAUGCCACUCCUAUGGCUGUAUGGUGAAUAUGAACCUACAGCAAGCUGUGCACUGCAGCAGUUAGCCUAGCAUAAAGACUUGAAACAGGUCUAAUUUUCAGCAAGAAAUUAAAUUAGCUUUCCAAAUAUUUUAAACAGUUCUGUUAUUUAGGUCCAUCUAGUAAACUCUGAGGAACAAUCUUGAUCAGAAAGUUUGGUUGGAUCCAGUUCAACUUUUUUUUUUUACCACUGAUUAAGUAUACAUGCAGAGCAAAUAAUUUAAUGUGGAAGUUCUUUUGGCUCCUACCUUUUGUGAUUUUUUUGAGGGAAUUAGGGAGAAUAGGUCUUAAUAUGUCAUAUCUUUAACUCUGCAAUUCACCUGAGUGGUGAUUUUUACAAUGAAGUAACAGACCUGCACUCUACAAAGAAAGCACACUUCAGUUAGUUUAUUUUUGCAGUGAAAAGACAUCCAAUGAGUUGAGCAUUGAGAGCAUUUUUGUAUUGCCAAUGCUGAGGAAUAUUUUACUUUCUCAAAGCUGUUUGCCAGAGGUGUGAUAUGACUCCUGUGUCAGCUAACUGUAUAUUUGCAUUUAUAUAUCUGGAUGAGUGUCUGUUUGUGGCAGAUGGCAUCAGUUAGUCACCUAUAUUCUUGUUUCUUCACCGAUGAGAUGGUGAGUAAUGUAUUCAGUGUAGCAUUUAGAUCUGUGAUGAUGAUCCGAUCCAUUCCUAUGUUUGAGAGAAGAUAUGUAUUUAUUUCUGUACUGAGAAAAUAUUAUUUAUUUUCAAAAGAUAAUUUUAAAGAAUAGAGGUUUAGAUGAGUGGCUUUCAUUCCUGAUUAGAAAGGAGGUCUCUCCUUCUUAGCUGCCUGUCUAAGAUGAAAAGUGUGUGAGUCAUUUGCAAUAGGAUUUCUGUGACUGAUUGAGCUUGCUUGCCCACUACAAGCCUAUUAUAUGUUGUGUUGAGAUGUUGAAGUCCUCCGGCAGAUUUGAGGACACAUUUAGAAGGAUCUCAGAGACAGUUUGAAUGACUCCUGCUAACAUGUGACCAGAGAUGCUUAACCUGCAGGACCAAAACGUACCUUGGCCUCUCCCGGCUCCUUGUCAUUCUCCUGUCACUUCUCCUCAGAUGCAAAAGCUUUGCCUCUUCACCUUUAAAUGCUAAAAGCUACAAUAAUUUCAACCUACAUGCCAUUAGCCUGUGCCCUUGAUCUUGCUGCCUUAUAGAACAUUCCCAGCCUUUCAUGUAGAAAUGUGUCUCAAUAUCAGUCUGGGAUGAUGAAGCUUCUUAGUGUGCUGAUCUUGAUUCCUAGGUGCUUUUCAUUUUCCUAUGUGAUCUGUAAGGCAUAACUGAUCCUUGGCAAACCCUUUUAUUUUGACAAAUGUCUGCCCAAGUUUUGAUUCAAAUUCUAAUUGAUCUGUUUAAGAUAUUUGGCUGUUAAAAGAAAUAGUUCAACAUUUGGGAAAAUACACUUAUUUACUUUCUUGUUGAGGGUUAAAUCAAAAGAUUGAUACCAGUCUCAUUACCUGUAGGUUAAAUACUGUAUGGCGCUACAGCCAUCACCUGAUUAGCCUAGCUUAGCUAGGCUGCCUCUGUCGGAAAGGCGACACAAUCCGCCUACCAGUACUUCUAAAGCUCACUAAUGAACAUGUCUGUAAGAAUUCUUUAUGUCUUUAUGCUAAGCUAAGCCUACUGUCUUUUGACAUAACUUUAUAUUUACCGUACAGGCAUGAGUGUCGUAUUGAUUUCCUCAUCUAACUAAGCGCUAAUUGUAUUUCCUGAAAUAUUGAGUUUGUAGUUUUAGCAGUCAGCUUGAAUUCCCAUCAGUUGUGAUAAAUUUCAGUCGUUACAAGUUUUCAUGGUGGACAAAAAGUACAAAAUGUCCACAGAAACUAUUCUAAUCCACUUCUUCAUCAUAAUCCAACCCUCAGCUGUCCAUCUGUAUGCUCAUUAUGUUCCAAACAAAAGACACAACAACAACUUCCUGGCAGAGCUUCAGGCAGUGAGGAAAUGGAUUAUGCUGCAGGAGUGUUUGAGACGAUUUAAGUCUUUUACUCUGCUUUGAAACCACCAUUUGAAUCCUUUGUGUCCAAAAGAGCAAGAGCUGUUCUACAUGAAUUGCAAACUAUUUACAGCCAUCUUAAGAGCACAGGGGGUAUUUGAUAGCAAAAAAAAGUUGGGUGGAGUGUCCCUUGAAAAUGCCUACAUCCUGCCUACUUCUGCUUUACUCUCUGGGUGGAGUACUUUUUACAAAAAUAUAAUUCACAAUAAUGAAUUAAUGGUUUAAUUUCUGACUUUCAAACAGGCCUCCUUGAAUAAAUAUCUUUAUAUUGGUUAAUUCAAUUAAAUAGGCUGAAAUGUAAACAAUAGAGCCAAAGGGGAUUGGACUGUAUCAAAACUACAGCUUUUUCCCCUGACUGAAAUGUGUUCUUGAAUAUAGAUGGAUGGUGGAUGUACAACAGUAAAGCCCACACAGGAAGCACACUCCAAUAAAGCAGAAUUGGGAAUUCAUUUGGUUUGAUUUGGUUCUGCAAUUUAAAAUCCCCUUGGGUGUUCUGGAUCAGAGUUAGAAACCACACACAGUUCAUAUUAUGGCCCUAGGAAUCACUCAGCAAACUAAUUAUGUUUAAUCAAGAUGUGUGAUACUUAUGUCUUAAUUGGUCCUCUGUGCCUGUUCCCAUUAACCCGUAUAUACUCCGAGCGUUUUCCACAAUAAGAAGGAUGAGCUGUUUGCUUUACCCACCUUCCAAAUGCCUUUCAUUUUUGCCAGAUGAUGCUGGUCUGAUCUUGAAUAAUCACAAAUAAAUGUUUGCACCAAAAAGAGAGAGAGGAGACGGUAUUAAAACAUGAAUUUAAUUUCAUUCCCAGGUGUACAACAAAACCUAAACUUUGGUUCUUCUGAUGUGAAUUUAUGUUCUUAUUCUUUGCAUGGCGUUUUUUGGAAAUAUCUUGGAAAUAUUAAUCAUAGCACAGAUUAUUUGUAUGGUUUCAAAUGGACCUCUGUAAUAUAAGAAAAUAUUUAAUUGUAAUAAAUAAUAUAUGAGUUUGAA